UUUCAUCCAUCUCAUGAACGUAGCUAAAGUUGAACAAAAAAACAAAAAUGGCAAGCUUUGCUCAGAGAGUUGUCUUGUUUUCUUUGCUUUGUUUUAAUGUGUUUGUGGUGAAUGUAGUUGCUAAGAAUGUGGUAAAUACGGAUGAGAAGUACUUUUUGACUAAGGGAGGUGGGUUUGGUGGUGGGGGUGGUUUUGGUGGAGGUGGAGGUCUUGGAGGUGGUUUUGGUGGUGGUGUUGGAGGUGGAGCUGGUGGUGGUGGUGGACUUGGAGGUGGAGGUGGAGCUGGUGGAGGGCUUGGUGGUGGAGGUGGAGCAGGUGGAGGGCUUGGUGGUGGAGGUGGAGCAGGUGGUGGACUUGGUGGUGGCAUUGGAAAGGGUGGUGGACUUGGUGGUGGCAUUGGAAAGGGUGGUGGACUUGGUGGUGGCAUUGGCAAGGGUGGUGGACUUGGUGGUGGGAUUGGAAAAGGUGGAGGCCUUGGCGGUGGGAUUGGCAAGGGAGGUGGACUUGGAGGAGGACAUGGUGGUGGAAUAGGAAAAGGAGGUGGAAUUGGAAAGGGUGGUGGACUUGGAGGUGGUAUUGGCAAAGGAGGAGGCCCUGGUGGUGGAAUAGGAAAAGGAGGUGGAAUUGGAAAGGGUGGUGGACUUGGAGGUGGUAUUGGCAAAGGAGGAGGCCUUGGAGGUGGAAUUGGAAAGGGUGGUGGACUUGGAGGUGGUAUUGGCAAAGGAGGAGGCCUUGGAGGUGGAAUUGGAAAGGGUGGUGGACUUGGAGGAGGACAUGGUGGUGGACUUGGAGGCGGUAUUGGCAAAGGAGGAGGCCUUGGAGGUGGAACUGGAAAGGGUGGUGGCAUUGGCGGUGGCAGCGGCUUUGGUAAAGGUGGUGGUUUCGGUGGCGGUGUUGGAGGUGGUGCUGGUGGAGGAUUCGGAGGUGGUGCUGGUGGCGGUGGAGGAUUCGGAGGUGGUGCUGGAGGUGGAGCCGGUGGUGGAUUUGGAGGUGGAGGUGGAGCUGGAGGUGGAGGUGGAUUUGGCGGUGGUGCAGGAGGUGGUUUUGGCGGAGGGGCUGGUGGAGGUGGUGGAAUUGGACACCACUAAACUACAAAGCUCACGUUGCAUGGAUUGCUGUCAUUAGUCCAAAAUGAGAGCAUAAUUUGAAUGAUUCGUUGAAACAUUAUAUAUUAGUAAUAAAUUACUAAAAAGUCAAUAAACCGAUACCAAUUCCAAAAUCUACCCUAAAUUAAAGCUACUUUUAUUUCCAUUAUUACCUCUCUUUUUGUUUAAAAAUUAUUUCUCAUCCCUAUAUAUUGUGAAAAGAAACCUUUUGUUAUCAAUUAGGUUAAUAUUUGAUAUAUUGUAAUUGAAAAUUGAAGAUUCAAUACCAUUAAUAAAUAUUUUCUUUAUUUCAA